AUGCCGCGAAGAUUAUCAACUGAGGACUUGCGACGAAUACUCGAAGAAAGUGACUAUGAAUUGAGUAACGAUGACAGGGAUUCGAACGGCGGCGAUAGCGAUUUACAAGACGAGCCAGAUUCUGAUAUUUCGGAUCAAGAUCCGAAUAUUUUUGCAGAUGACAAUAUCUAUGAUCCGGAUUUUGAACCAGGUGAGAUUUCCCGCUCAAACAUUGUAACCGAUGACAUUGGUAGUGAUUCACCAGCUGAUAAUUUAUCCGAUAUCGUCAUAAAUUCACCUCGGUCAAAAACGAGCAGAAGGCGGACUGCUGGUGAGAUCAUGCAGCUUACUCUGCAAGAAAUAAAUGAUAUAGAUAGAGAAAAUGGCUGGAGUCAGGACAUCUUACCACUGUCACGUCAACCUUAUAAUAACAGCCCAACUAUUCAUAUCCAAGGUGAACAAUCUGUUGUUUCCAUUUAUCGACGUAUAUUGACCGACGAAGUGUUAGAUCUUAUGGUCACUCAAACAAAUCUAUACGCUUCUCAACUGAAACAGAACGUCAACAUAUCAGUUCAUAGUCGCAUGAAUCGGUGGACAGACAUUACACGCGAAGAAAUGUUGAAAUUUAUUGCCUUGUACAUGUUGAUGGGUAUUGUGAAAUUUCCGACGAUUGAAUCGUGUUGGAAAUUAGACACUAUUUACUACCAUCCAAUAUUUCACAAUGUAAACAUGUCGUAUAAUCGCUUCUCAUCAAUAUUACGUUGCUGGCACUUUGUUGAUUAUGAAGCUCCGAGGGAUCAAAACGAACGUCUGUACAAAAUAAAACCACUUUUGAACCUUGUUAUCAACAACUGGAAGAACUUACUGCCACCUAAUGAAUGUAUCGUCAUUGACGAGUCGACGAUGCCAUUUAGAGGGAGGAUAUCUUUCCGUCAGUACAACCCAUCAAAAGCUCACAAAUACGGCUUGAAAAUCUAUAAACUUUGCACAGAAGAUGGUUUUGUCUGGAACUAUGACAUUUACAUAGGUCGCGACCCCGAGAUCGCUGAUUUGGAUAAGCCGGGAAGUGUCGUAGUUCAGUUAUGUGAUGGUCUUCUAGAAGCUGGACGGAUAAUUGUGUGCGACAACUAUUACAAUACCGUUGGAUUAACAAAAUAUUUGCUGCAGCAUAAGACAGAUUUAUUCAGCACUUUGCGAAUAAAUAGAAAAGAACUUCCAUGGCCAAUAAGAUCGAAAAAAAUAGGACCUAAAAAAGAUGAAGUAGUUGCUCAACAGAAGGACAAUGUAACAGUGAUCAAAUGGAGAGACAAACGCGACGUUGCAAUGAUUUCUACAUGCCAUGACGCUACUAUGCGAAUGUCUUCGGGAUAUCGGCCAAUUUUGAAGCCGGAAGCCGUGCUCUAUUACAAUGAGCGAAAAAAAGGCAUAGAUGUAUGUGACCAGCUUUCAAGUUAUUAUGACCUAAAAAGAAAGUCUCUGGCAUGGUACAAAAAGAUCGCUUUAGAUAUUUUGAUAUGUGCUUCAAUAACAAACGCCACGCUUAUGUAUCGCAAACUACAUUCAACUACUAAUAGAAAAUUACGGAAAACUGUACUACAGAUGCAGCAAGAAAUUAUUAGGGAGUUCUUGCAAUUGAACAAUGCAUCAGAUGCAAGUGCAAUUUCAUUGACUAAUAGUCCAAGACCAUCUACUAGCUUGAUCACAAUUCAGCACUUUCUGUAUAAAAUUCCGUGGAAAGAGGACAAUACAAUUAUCCGAAAACGAUGCCAUGGAUGCUACGAAGACUUGCGAAAAGAAGGUACAAACUGGGAAAUUGCUGCUAAAAGAGUGAAACGAGUGGAUACUGAGUGUUUGCAAUGCAAAAAAUCGUUUUGUUUAUGCGGUUUCCAAAAAAAUCAUAAUAAGUAA